AUGUCGGACACUCACAACAUUGUCAUUUUAGGAGGCUCAUACGCAGGACUAGGCGUUGCCCAUGGCCUCCUCAAAGCUCUCCCGGGCCUCAAGACACAAACAGGCAAAUCCUACAAAGUCACCAUGAUCACUAAUAGCACCCACUUCUGGUUCUCGGUCGGCGCCCCCCGUGCCAUGUUCAUGCCCUAUCCUAAAGACAUUAUGGACUCCUUCAUUCCCAUCGAAAAGGGUUUCAAGCAAUAUUCCUCGGAGCUUUUCGACUUCGUACAUGCAGAGAUCACAGGCGUGGAAAUGGACAAGAAGAUGGUGCUCUACAAAUUGAAGAACGAGAAAGAAGAGGUGGCACCUACUACCAACACCAUCUCCUUCGACAGCCUUGUUAUUGCAACAGGCUCAAAAAGUCCUAGCCCACUCUAUAGCUACCAGGGUUCGCACGUACCUACGCUCGACGCCUACAAAGACAUCCAAUCCCGCCUCUCCUCCGUCAAAAGCAUAAUGAUAGUUGGCGGUGGCACAGCCGGCACAGAGACAGCUGGAGAAAUCGGCCACCUUCACGGCAAACAGACCUCAUCCCCCAAAGACAUUACCAUUCUCUCCGGCCACGAACGUCUCCUCAAAGGCCUUCGGCCUUCCAUCGGCCAGCGUGCGCAAGAGUUCCUCCAAGGGAUGGGUGUCAAGGUCGAGCACAACCUUCAACUCACAGAUAGCAACGAUCUUGGCAAUGGCACCACCAAAGUCAUUCUGAGUGAUGGCUCAACCCGCACCGUCGACAUGCUUCUCGUCGCUACCGGCCGCAAGCCCGCCUCUUCAUAUCUUCCUUCCUCCCUGCUCGACGAUCAAGGUCGGGUAGUGUGCGACGCCUACACGCGCGUUCCUUCGCUCAAGAAUGUGUGGGUGGCGGGUGAUAUGGCACAGAACUCUCCAGGUGGCAUCAUGUACAUUAACUUCGCCGUACCUGUUACCGUUGGCAAUAUCGUCGCUGAACUUGGUGGGAAGGGUAAAGUAAAAGAAUACAAGCCUCUGACAACGAAGGAGACGCAGUUUGUGCCGGUAGGACCAAAUUAUGGAGUCGGGGCGGCAUUUGGAUGGUGGAUUCCUAGUGCGGUGGUGAGGAUGGUGAAGGGAAAGACUAUGUUCUUUCCGAACGCUAUGAAGACUGUCAUGGGCACUGCCUAA